AUGUCCACACCUCCUAUCUCGCAGCUAUGCAAGAACUGCUCACAAGUUCUCGAUAUUGAUUUGUUGCUGGACCAUAACAACCUUGAGAACAAAACAUUGUACCGAUUUGAAGACACUUGGCCAGAACUACCAGGCUUGGCAGCUUCCGGCGACUCUGGCUGUGGAUUAUGCAAAUUAAUUCGAGACACUUUUGCUUCACAGCCUCCUUCGACAGAGUACAAAGGGCCCGUAAGUGGCUUGGUGGAGAGACACGCGACAUGGAGUCAUGAGAAGCCUAGGAAAAUUCUCGAUUACUCCGUAAGGAUAUACAGCGGGUCGGAAGGGGAUGUGGACUGGUAUACGGUAACAAGGUUUGUGGACUGGUCUACGGUAACAGGGUAUGCACAGUUCUUACCCUGUUCUGAUGAUGAUGACAUGCCCUUCCCUCUUCCUCCUCCUGCAGAGAUUAUGUCAGCUCAAACAGUGGACUUCUUGAAAAGGUCCAUUGACCAGUGUGAAUCAACCUGUCAUCCAUGGCAGCCUUCUGGCUCAAUUCCCUCGCGACUUCUCGAUAUAUCGGAUUAUAAAACCAGAGAACGGAUCCAACUUGUGCAGACGGAGAAGUUGCCAAGAGUCAAAUACGCAGCGCUAAGCUACUGCUGGGGAAAUGCAGAUGAUGCAGCUUAUCAACCGAAGACAAAUUCUGCCAAUUUAUCAGAAAGGCUCAAUGGUUUUGGUAUCGACACUAUGUCUCCCGUCGUUCGCGAUGCUAUCAUCACUUGUCACGCCUUGGGGAUGCGUUACUUGUGGGUUGACGCGCUCUGUAUUCUCCAAGGGAAAGCUGAUGUCGCGGACUGGGACAUAGAAAGCCAGAAGAUGGCUGACAUCUUUCGCAAUGCAUACAUCACGAUUUGUCCAUCGUCGUCAAACAGCUGCCGGGAAGGUUUUCUAGGUCAACGUCUGGUGCACCCUGGCAUUCGUGUCAAGACUCCGAUAACAUCAAACGCUAUUUUCCAGAACCAAAGCCGGGAAUACUCUAUUUUGCCAUACUUUAAGUAUGACAAUAAUACGCCCUCCUUCAUUCACAGCCAUCAGUUUAUAAACUCGAAAUGGUACAGCCGCGCUUGGGUAUGGCAGGAAAUAAACCUUUCAGCCCGACUCGUCAUCUUCACACCUACGUUUGUCUUUUACCGGUGUCCAAAGACUCUGCUGUGCGAGAAUGGCACUAGAAAAGAAACAACAAUAAUCCUAGAAGGGUUAGGACAAUAUCAUAGAAAGCGAUAUCAAGACGCACAGCCGUUUGCAUUCUUCAGAACCUGUGUGGAAGAUAUCUCAAGCAAGGACAUCAGCUUCGAAUCAGACCGUUUAGCGGCAGUGGCAGGUGUUGCCAAGCAAGUUUCUCAAGCGACAGGUAGUCAAUAUGCUGCUGGUCUCUGGGUCAAGGACAUUUAUAAAGAUUUGAUCUUUAAGAGAAAUCUUCGCUCGCGAAACAAUCGUGACAAGGGCGGACUCGAGAAAUACAUCGAGUCAUUGAGGACCAGACACUCUGAGGUAGGACCUACGUGGUCUUGGCCGGGACAUGGAGCCGGAGUCUGUUGGGACUCGAUAUUCUCGUCGGUGGAUCACGAGACUCUGCAGCUUAAUUAUGCAGAUUGGAGAUAUGAAUACAAACAUCUCGAUAUCUCCACUGACAAAGUAGGUGAUAACUUGUUUGGUCAAGUCAGUCGGGGUUCUUUAGCUGUGACCACUAAAAUGGCGUCUUUGACUGAAAUUGCAGCACUUCACGACGGAGAUGAUGAUGAACUGAUCAGAGACAUGCUGAUUACGCCGGAGUCUACAAGUAAAGUCGCUUGCGGUAUCAUAUGGAACUGGGAUGUUGACAACGCGGAGACUUCAAGUCAUUUGGCAGAUAAGAUCCUCGUCAUGGCAAUCUCUAGCUGUUUGUAUGGACACAGUGGUAGCGGAAACAUGUAUGGAUUGAUGGUGUAUCCGGCGGAGAAAGAGGGCGAAUAUUACCGAGUAGGGUCCUUCGAGGCACAGAGUGCUGCUGAUGAUGAUGCCGACGGGAAUACUGGGGUUCUUGUGGCAGAGGAGUGGAAAGAGAGAAGUAUUGUAAUCAUUUAG